CCCGCUGGCUUCCUGCGUUCAUUCACGGCCGCCGGGACGGUGCGAGGAGAGGCCGCGGGGUGAGGGGAGCCGCCCGGCCACAGCAGAGCCAAAAUGAGCAUAUUUGGAACAAGUGGAGGGUUCGGAGCAGGGAGCAUGUUUGGAGGCACGACUGCAGACAACCACAAUCCUAUGAAGGACAUUGAAGUGACGUCUCCACCUGAUGAUAGUAUCAGCUGUCUCGAAUUUAGUCCUCCCUCGUUACCCGGCAACUUCUUGAUCGCAGGUUCUUGGGCCAAUGAUGUUCGAUGUUGGGAGAUCCAGGACAAUGGACAGACUGUCCCAAAGGCACAGCAGAUGCACACAGGUCCCGUCCUGGAUGUCUGUUGGAGCGAUGAUGGCAGCAAAGUUGUCACAGCAUCGUGCGAUAAAACUGCCAAGAUGUGGGAUCUCAACAGUAACCAGGCUAUACAGAUUGCACAGCACGAGGCACCCAUCAAAACUGUGCAUUGGAUUAAAGCACCGAACUACAGCUGUGUAAUGACAGGCAGCUGGGACAAGACGUUAAAGUUCUGGGACACGCGAUCUCCAAACCCCAUGUUAACGUUGCAGCUGCCCGAGAGAUGUUACUGUGCUGAUGUUUUAUUUCCCAUGGCUGUGGUAGCCACUGCCGAGAGGGGAUUAAUAGUAUAUCAGCUUGAGAACCAGCCCUCAGAAUUCAAGAGAAUAGACUCUCCUCUCAAACACCAGCAUCGCUGUGUCGCCAUCUUCAAAGACAAGCAGAACAAGCCCACAGGGUUUGCCCUUGGUAGCAUUGAGGGAAGAGUCGCCAUCCAUUACAUAAACCCCCCCAACCCUGCAAAAGACAAUUUCACCUUCAAGUGUCACCGCUCCAAUGGAACCACUAAUACCUCAGGUCCUCAAGAUAUUUAUGCUGUUAACGGGAUUGCAUUCCACCCAAUCCAUGGCACACUCGCCACAGUGGGAUCCGACGGCAGGUUCAGCUUUUGGGAUAAAGACGCCCGCACCAAGCUGAAAACCUCUGAGCAGCUGGACCAGCAGAUCACUGCCUGUGGCUUCAACAACAACGGCAACAUCUUCGCCUACUCCUCCAGUUACGACUGGUCAAAGGGUCAUGAAUACUUUAAUCCUCAGAAAAAGAAUUACAUAUUUCUGCGUAACGCAGCAGAGGAGCUGAAACCCAGGAACAAGAAAGGGAUUUGAAUGGUUGCAACAGCUGAGUUACUGAAGAUAAAAGCAACUAUUAAUGUAUAGAGGUGUCUGUCUGUGUGUCUGUCUGAGUCAAUGUGCUGGAUUAGAUACUGUUUCAUAUAUUUUCCCAUAAUAAAAUUUUCAUUUAAUUCCA